AUGUGGCAUGAAGCGGAGAGGACAGGCGUCAAAACCCGUCUGAGCCCAGAAGUUUCCCCCAGACAGGAGCAGGAGCAGCAGGAGCAGCAGGAGGAGGAGGAGGCGGAGGAGGAGGCGCACGGGAGAGGCUGCUCCUGGAUGGCUCAGUCCGCUCCUAACGAUGUGGUCAGCAAGAGGCUACAUUCAAGGAUGGAGGCGUCUUGUCUGGAGCUGGCCUUGGAAGGGGAGAGACUUUGUAAAUCCGGAGACUUUAAAGGAGGGACGGCCUUCUUCGAGGCCGCGGUGCAGGUGGGAACAGAAGACCUCAAGACUCUAAGUGCCAUUUACAGCCAACUGGGAAACGCCUACUUCUACCUUAAAGAGUACGGGAAAGCUCUGGAGUACCACCGACACGACCUCACGCUAGCCCGGACCAUAGGAGACCGCAUCGGAGAAGCCAAAGCCAGCGGUAACCUUGGAAACACCUUAAAAGUAUUAGGACGCUACGAUGAAGCCAUUGUGUGCUGCCAGCGGCACUUGGACAUUUCCCAAGAGCAAAGUGACAAGGUGGGAGAAGCUCGAUCGCUCUACAACAUUGGGAAUGUUUAUCACGCCAAAGGGAAGCAGCAACUGUGGGGCAGCUCCCAGGAACCAGGAGACCUCCCGGCGGACGUCAGAGAGACCUUACAGAAGGCCACGGAUUAUUACGAGAUGAAUCUGGCGUUGGUCACAGAGGUGGGGGACAGAGCAGCUCAGGGCAGAGCCUACGGUAACCUCGGCAACACUCAGUAUCUACUCGGAAACUUUGUGGAAGCCAUAAAGUUCCAUCGCCAGAGAUUAUCCAUUGCCAAAGAGUUCGGGGACAAAGCAGCCGAGCGACGCGCCUACAGUAAUCUGGGGAAUGCUCUGAUCUUCCUCGGACAGUUCAACUCUGCCACAGAAUACUACAGGAAAACACUGCAGCUGUCGCGGCAGCUGAGGGACCAGGUGAUGGAGGCUCAGGCGUGUUACAGCCUGGGGAACACGUACACGCUGCUGCAGCACUAUCAGAAGGCGGUCGAGUACCACCUCAAGCACCUCUACAUCGCCCAAGAGCUCACAGACCGAGUCGGAGAAGGUCGAGCUUGUUGGAGUUUGGGGAACGCGUACGUCUCUUUGGGAAACCACAAACAAGCGCUGCACUUUGCCCGGAGGCACCUGGACAUCUCCAAGGAGAUCGGAGACAAGAACGGAGAGCUGACGGCCAGAAUGAACGUGGAGCAACUGAUGGAGGUUCUGGGCAUCAACGAGAGCGACCUGUCCCCCUCCAGCUCAGAGUUCGAGAUGCAAGGUGCCAGGCCCAAACUGAGCAAGAUAAACAGCAUGGAGAGUGUGGAGCUGUGGAAGUUAUCAAACAAGAAUGGUGAGAAUGCGGAAGGUUUGCCGCGGAGAUCCAAGAGCCAUCAGACCCAGUCCAACAAGAGGAAAGGUUAUGCCGACAGUCAGUCCUCAGAUGAACGUCUGUGGCUCGACUCGCCAUUGGACGCCGAUGACAUCACUGUGCAAGUCCCGCCCCCUCUGCCGACGUUGGGCCGCGACCCCUCUGAUGAGGACUGCUUCUUUGACCUCCUCAGUAAGUUCCAGAGCAGUCGCAUGGACGACCAGCGCUGCGACUUAGACAAUCCUGAGAACCAAGAACCCGGCUCUGGCUCUGUGCCUCUCAGCGACAUGUUGGAUCCUGCGACGACGACGUCGCCUCAGACCGAGGAGCUGUUUGACCUGAUCGAAAGUUCUCAGAGUCGGCGUCUGGACGACCAGAGGGUGAACGUGGGGAGUCUCCCAGGCCUGAGGAUCACUCAGAACAACCUGGGCCACCUGGUGGGAGAGGGAGACCAUCAAGAACCCAGCGACGACUUCUUCAACAUGUUAAUAAAGUGCCAAUCCUCCAGGAUCGAUGACCAGCGCUGCUCCCGGCCUGAAGGGGGCCCCCACGCGCCCACGGUGCCUGAUGAGGACUUCUUUAGCCUGAUCCAGAGGGUCCAGGCCAAACGCAUGGACGAGCAGCGAGUGCACCUCCCCUCAGAGGAGCAGGACUCAGACUCUGAGACCGAGGCCCCCGGAGGAGGCUCCAGCUGA